CGCAAACAUGCGCGGCUCACCAUGACACCACCACUCCGAGGCCUCGACUUUCCUCAUCGAUCACGUCCGCCGAUGCCACGGGCACCCUGAGAUCGUAAUGCCCCCUCGAUUACUGUUCAGAGCGCCUCGAGCAUCUCACUCGCGAUCUCCGGUCGUCGUGCGAGUGCGCCUCGACCGGAGGUUUGCCUCGAGCUCUGCGAAUGCACCAGAAGUCUACGAUGUAGUCUGCGUAGGUGGAGGUCCGGCAGGUCUGAGCUUGUUGGCAGGCUUGAAGGCGUCGCCAGUGACGAGAGGAUUGAAGGUCGCUCUGAUUGAAGGCCAGAACAUUCAGAAGAACAGGCUAUCGAAAGAUGCAAGCCUGGACAGCUUCUCGAAUAGGUGUAGCUCCUUGACACCGGCUUCUGUGAGGAACCUACAAGAGAUUGGAGCAUGGUCACGUGUGAACGCAGCCCGAGUACAACCCUACCAGGAGAUGCAAGUAUGGGACGGUGUCACAGAUGCACGCAUUUCUUUCGAUUGGGAUACAGCGCGCCCACUUCUCUCGCCUCGAAAUCCCGCACAGCCGACUACAAUCGCUUACAUGAUCGAGAAUACGAACACCGUCACGAUGCUCUUGAGUCGGUUGGAAGAACUAGGGGGCGUCGAUAUGUUCACCUCGACCAAAGUGAGCUCGAUCGAGCUGGGCACCGAUACGGAACAGAUGGACUUCACGUCGUGGCCCAUCCUCACAUUAUCGAAUGGCAAGACACUCGCAGCGAGGUUGCUCGUAGGCGCAGAUGGUGCAAACAGCCCUGUCCGGACGUUCGCCGACAUUGAGUCGCGGGGUUUCGAUUACAACCGCUUCGGCGUAGUAGCAAGCUUGAGUAUCGAAGGGCAGGGCUGGGGUGGACCGGACCACAAGAUCGCAUACCAGCGCUUCCUGCCUUCAGGACCUCUGGCAUUGCUACCUCUGCCUGGCAACAAGUCGACACUUGUGUGGAGUACAACACCAGAGCGUGCUGCUAGACUCAAGGCACUGUCGCCAGAAGACUUUGUUGCUAUGGUCAACGCAGGGUUCAGACUGUCGCCGACCGAUUUGGAGUACCUGCACACUCUCGAAUCAGGGCAAGCAGAGGAGGUGGCAUGGCGAGAGAAGCAUACACCCGUCAACGAACGAGCGAUACCGAUGCGCAUCACCGACGUCGAAUCUGGCACCGUUGCGGGGUUCCCUCUCCGCAUGCGCCACGCCGACACAUACACCGGCGAGCGAGUCGCCCUCGUUGGCGACGCAGCCCACACUAUACACCCGCUCGCAGGCCAGGGUCUGAACCAAGGUCAGGGAGAUGCUGCAGCUUUAGUGCGAACGAUUUCGCACGCAGUACGGACCGGCCAGGACAUUGGUUCGACUCUGGCACUAGAGAGCUACAACAGCGAGCGUUACGCGGAGAACAACGCUAUGUUGGGUGUCUGCGACAAGCUGCAUCGACUAUACAGCGUUGAGUCGGGGCCGGUUGUAGGAUUAAGAAGUUUGGGGUUAAGGGCAGUCGAUGCCAUGGGCCCGCUGAAGAAUUUCUUCAUGAGCAGGGCAGCAGGUGGCUCGUAACGUUUUGUACUCUAGAUACUGUACACCUUGACUUGUAUACAUAGUAGCCGAUGGGGAACAAUCCUCCUUGCGGCUUGAGAGAUCUCAAUGGCAUCAAAUCGCGCCAUCGGAAUUGAUCCGCAACUUGCCCUGCAUACGCCCCACUGUUUGUUGCCCCACGUCAUCGACCGACAACAUCCGAUGUUUGAGAUUCAAACAUGUCUUAGACAUCACCAAUAUGGCGGUCCAUCAGAAACAGAUAGAAGAGUUUGGCAGUAACGAUGACUUC